CGGUAGCAGUGUCGGGCGGUAGCAGUGUCGGGCGGUGACGGCAGACGACGAUAGCACGCGGUAUAGCGGCGCUAGACUGCACGUGUAGCGAGCGAGCGAGUGGUGGCGUGCUGGUGCACCUGUCAAGUUGUGCGGCUACAGACCGAGAGCGUCCGCCGAUUGAUACCUCCGAUCGAUUAGUCGAUAGAUCCGGAUAGAUCGAUUUGAUAACUCCGUUCGGAAGAGGGUGAUAGAGAGAGAGAGAGAGAGAUGAUGAGCAUGAUGGGGACACUGGUAGCCGUCGCAUUUCUCUUACUGUGCGGUAUCCAUCGCUCAGUCCCGCAGCAACAGGAUGCUGAGAUGUUCCAAUUUAAAUGCCCACAAGAAUGGCGUAAGCUAGACGGAUAUAAUUCGGGAUGCUACCGAUGGUUCCCAUCAAAGCAGUCAUGGACGAAGGCACGCGAUACCUGUCGAAGCUACGGCGCUAGUUUAGUGAAAGUAAAUCGCUACGAAGAAAACGAGUUUAUAAGGACGACACUGGCACCAGGUGACGCCAAAGCAUACUGGAUAGGUCUGACGUCACGAGGUUCAUCGGAUGAAAACGUUUAUCUGUGGACGGACGGGUCAAACCUUACGAAGUAUGAGGGAUUCUGGACUUACCAGGAGCCAGACAGGACAAGGGGAGAGUGUGUGAUUGCUGGGCUCGAUAGCAAGUUUUCCUGGGAGCUUGGCACGUGCGAACUUCUGCUCCCGUUCGUUUGUGAACUCUCAGCCUGCAUCGUCAAAGGUUCGUCUUACCACCAGUAUCGAUGUACCAAUGGAAAAUGUAUCAACAGCGAAUGGACUUGUGAUGGCAAUGACGAUUGUGGUGAUGGCUCAGAUGAAAACAAGUGUGCAGGUCCCUGCAAUGACUACAUGCUUGGAACAUCAGGAGACAUUCAGUCCCCUUCCUUCCCUGCUGUCUACCCUUCUCUCAGCAACUGUCAGUGGACCAUUGAAGGACCUAUUGGCACCAAGAUCAGACUUCAGUUUGCUAACUUUGACACCGAGGAGAACUUUGAUCUGGUCACGAUUCUGGCGGGGGGACCCACUGAGUCGCAGAGCUUUGAGAUCGGCCGGGUGUCCGGCAUGCAGAGGGCCAGCGAGAUGACCUUCCUCAGUCCCAACAACUUCAUGAUCGUCAAGUUCCGUAGCGAUGCGGCAGUGCAGAGAUCCGGUUUCUCAGCCUCGUGGACAGCAGGGACAUUCCACUGUGAAAGGGCACUGGAAGCGACCAGUGCGCCACAAAUUCUGGAAUCUUCCAAUUACCCAAACAACUACCCCCAUGGAUUAGAGUGUGUCUACACGGUUACUGCUCCCGUGGGACAGCUCAUCACAGUAGAGCUGCAAGAACUGGCUCUCGCUCCUAACGACUAUCUGCGCAUACGCGACGGUGGCGACGCCUAUGGAGUGUCGCUCGCGGAGCUUCGUGGUCACAUGACAGGCAGUCAGAAGUUUGUCAUCUCGAGCGGGAACCAGCUGUAUCUCUUCUUCUCCACGGAUGGCAUGGGCAACGACCGAGGCUUCCGGCUCUCCUACAAGACCGGUUGCGACAACACUAUAGUAGCGUCAUCUGGAAACCUGUUCUCCCCCGUGUAUGGAGUGAAGAGCUAUCCGACAGGCGUGGACUGCUACUGGACAGUGCAGAGCCCAGAUGGACGACCGAUUAGUUUGUUCUUCGAGAAUUUCAACUUGCAACAGGGCGACUACUUGCAGAUAUAUGACUCUCUAGACAAGUCGGGGCAGCCACUGUUUCCUGAGGAUACCAGUGGUUAUAGUGGAGCAAACGUACCAGCUCCCAUCCGAAGUAGUGGAGGUGCCAUGUACCUGCACUUCCACAGCAAUGCUGUACGCUCCCAGAUAGGCUACAAUGCCAACUUCUCUGUCGGUCCGAACUAUGCUGAUCCAGGGAGCAUCUCGCGCGUAGCACACUACACAGUCUGUCUUCCGCUCAGCCUCUUAAGCCUGAAUCUUCUUCUUGACGGAGAGACAGAAGGUGAGAAAUGGAUGCCAGGAUGGCGGCCACUGAAGCAGACCCAAGACGCCCGCAGUGCGCAGCCGGUGUACUGCGGACCGGUGCAACAGAUACACAAUGGCUAUGUUGCGGUCGCUGACAAGGUGACGUACGGUGCGACGGCACUCUACCAGUGCUACCAGGGCUUCUAUCUCGACUCCGGCGAGCGCUACGUGCAGACACACUGCCAGGAGGACGGAACGUGGGAAGCCCCACCUCGCUGCAUAGGUCGUGGUUGUCACCCACUCGCUAUAUUCACCGAGGGUACUUCACGGCUAGCCAGUGGUAACGGCACUGACUAUGGCUCAGUAGUUGUCUACGACUGUCCGCUAGGACAUUUCAUCAUCGGCCGGUCUUCCCUCAUGUGUCAGGACAACGGACAAUGGACUGGUGAACCUCCAGUGUGCGCACGAAAGAUAUGCGGCUCACCCCGUGAGAUCAAGAAUGGCUUCCUUGCCUCAUAUGGACAGCUGGUCUACGGUGACAGCGUGCGUGUGUUCUGUUACCCUGGUUACCAGCUGAUUGGGAACCAGUCGAUCAGCUGCAUGUCUGACCAGAGCCUGUCUGAACAGCCAACCUGCAUAGACGUGAACGAAUGUGUGGAUGGCAGCACGGAGUGUGUUCCAUCGGAGACAGUCUGCAUGAACACCGAGGGGUCGUACUACUGCACGUGUCGCGAUGGCUUCACACACCGUGGGCAGUGUGAGCGCGGGCCCGUGCCACUGGGCAUCGGCAGCAACACGACACUGGCAGACGAACGCAUAAGCGUGUCGGGAGAGGAGCCAUUCUAUCCGAAGCAGGCUGUGAGGUUGAACAGUGAUCUCGCUGGUUGGUGCAGCAUUCUACACCCAGGUGUUCCUAAUUGGGUUAUGGUGGACCUGGGAGCUCCGACGCUGGUGCGGCGCAUACAGCUGCAGCCGGUUGACAGACUGGAUGGCACGCGUGCGUACGUGCGCAGCUUCCAUCUACGCUACAGCGACGACGUCUACGCACAGCCUGAGCCGCGACCUCUCACCGACCCCGAGGGAAACGUGUACGUGAUGGAAGGCAUCACACCACAGAAGCCUGAGAGUAGGAUCGUAGUGCUGCCGAUUCCCGUGAGAGCACGUCAUAUUUGGAUCGUCAUAGAAGAAUUCCAGGGCUUCCCUUGCAUGCGGAUGGAAAUCUACGGCUGCAGAGAGAUUUCAUGUAGAGAUGUAGAUGAGUGUCAGCUAGGCACGGCCGGCUGCAGUGACAGGUGUCAUAACAUACCUGGGUCAGUGCAGUGCUCGUGUGACGCAGGUCGUGUGCUCUACAGCGGCAAUGGCAUCAGCGGCUUCCGGCUACCGCCCGGGGAAACCGGACAUAAAGCGGGCGACACCUACCGCUUCAACAAGACCUGCGUUCCCGUGGAGUGUCCUCGUUUGGAGAGUCCGCUGAACGGUCAGUUGUUGACCACACUUCCACACUUCUACUACGAGCAUGUCGUAGCGUUUAAGUGCAACUUUGGAUAUGAGAUGAAAGGAUCUAGCCGUCUGCGCUGUCUCGCCACGGGGCUGUGGGAUGAAGCGCCACCUACCUGCCAGCCGAUCUCGUGUCAGGGCUUUAUCAGCGUGCGUGAGCUCGGCGUGAUGAUCGAGCCGGAGGGAGAGCCGCUCAGCCUGUACGACAACGUGACGAUCACGUGCACGAACCCGCAGCGCCGCAGCCCAGGCACGGCGUUCAGCGGCCACCGCGAGUGCGUCUACGAGCCGCAGCCGCAGACGCCGCUCUUCUGGCUCGCCGGCUUCCCGCCGCAGUGCCCACUGAUUGACUGUGGGACGCCGCAGCCCUCCCCUGGCGCCAUCUACACGUUUCCGUCGAGCGGUCAGGAGACAACUGUGGCAUCGACGUUCCGCUUCACCUGCCCGCAGCCGUACAACGUGGCCGGACAGAGCAGCUUGGGAACCGACUCCGUCCAGUGUGGCCAGAGUGGGGUUUGGGAAUUCGGCAGUCUCCGCUGUGAAGGACCAUCAUGUGUAGAUCCAGGGCACCCACCAGGGGGCGUUCAGAUAGCGUCGACGUACGAGGAGGGGGCUGAUGUAGAGUUUGAAUGCAGGAAGCCCGGUUACACAGCGUUGCCACAGCGAGCUCGUUGCAUGCAGAGGAUGGUUUGCCCGAUGUUACGGGAUAUUAUAGACGAUGUCCCCAGCGGUCAGAUCAUUGGCUCUAGUUACUUUGAACCUUACAAUCCUAUGGAAGUGGGAUUGGACAGCUUCACGGGAUGGUGUGCGAACGAACGUGGAAAUCCAUUCGUAAUGAUUGAUCUGGGCAGAGAGUACUACAUCACGGCCAUCAGGACCCGUGCUGUCAUUGACAAUGCCAUCAAGGGUCGACCCGUCGCCUUCGCAUUCAACUACACAACUAAUCUCUCACGCGGCUUCAUAACCUAUCCACAGCUGUUUAACGACAACUCGGAGGACCAGUACGGCAGCCUGCGCACGUUCCCGCUCGUCGAGCCGAUUGUCGCGCGACAUGUGCAGAUACAGAUACUCGACAAUCUCGACAACAAGUGCGCCAAGAUCGGUCUGCUAGGGUGCGCCACUCGAGAGACGGCUGCCGUCGGCUGGAACGCGUCGACUCCCAUGUGCAUCGAUGUGCAGGGCCCACGGUUCGUUAACUGUCCGCUGCAGCCGAUCCUCAUUAACGACACGCUGAGCGGACCUCGAAUGGUCGACUACAAUGUUCCCGUUGCCGAGGACAAUUCGGGUAAAAUAGUCAGGUAUGAGAUCGUACCUCCGCUCUUCAUGCCUCCGCGGAUGGUGCGCGAGCCGCUCGACAUAACGUACAUCGCCUACGAUGCAGCCGGCAACUACGACACGUGUGUCGUCUCGAUCAGGGUCCGAGAUCAGACAGCGCCAGUGAUCAAGGAGUGCCCGGAGGGAGGCGUGCGCCAUGUCACCCUGCAAGCUGAUGCCUACACUCUCAACUUCACAAACGAUUACGUUGAAGCAUUCGAUGCUUCAGGCGAAAUCCUGAUCAACUUUGAGCCCGAUUCUGUUGAGAUUCCGUUGAACGGAGUUGUUGAUGUGACUGUUGAGGUAGUAGAUGCAGUAGGCAACAGCGAUAGCUGCAGGUACCAAGUAUCUGUCGAAGCUGCUCCUUGCACGGAAUGGUCGCUAGUGACUCCAGUUAAUGGGGAGAGGAGGUGUUCCCAGCAGACUGGCAGGGGUGGUGUUGGACUACUGUGUAACGUCACAUGCGACCCAGGCUUCCGGUUCGUCGACGACGCGCCGCUGCGGCAGUACACGUGCUUCGACGCGAGCGGCUGGCAGCCCGGCGGCAUCGCGCCGGCGUGCGUCGACGCCUCGCUGCCAGCGGCCGCCUACGAGAUGACGACGACGCUCGCGUACACGCCGACCUCGGCCGUCACGCUCGACUGCGUCGGACAGUACGUCGAGAACCUGCGCGCGAGCCUGCCGACGAUCCAGCGACAGUUCUCGCAGCGCUGCACGCUCGGACCGACGGUCAGCGUCCGAUUCCUGGACACACGCGUCGAGGUCGCCCCCGACGGCCUGCAAGUGAUCAUCGAUUACGUGAUGCGGAUCACCGCCGACAGCCACAUGGUCGCGCUGCUCGAGUUCUGCGGCGACACCUUGCGGACGAUCUUCAACAUAAGAGCAUUCCCCGUCUACCCGCUGCUGAACGUGACCGCGAGCGGGUGUCCGGAUAUGGUCAGUAACCGGGCGGUCAACCGCAUCGGCUACUCCUGCGCCCCCGGACACAUCCUGCAGGGCUCGCCGCAGUCACCUACCUGUCUCAUGUGUCCUGCAGGAACGUACCAGACUAGUGAGGGCGACUGCAACCCCUGCCCUCUAGGGACGUUCAUGUCUGCCCCUGGUGCCACUCAGUGCAUCCCCUGCCCUGUCAACACCUACACUAGGACCGUGCAGACGACAAGUGUGUCAGAGUGCAUACAAACCUGUCCUGCUGGUACGUUCUCUCUCACUGGCAUCGUUCCAUGCGAGCAGUGUCGGCCCAAUACAUACGCCGGUGUACCUGGAGUCGGUGGUAGCAGGUUCUGCACUGUGUGUCCCCCCGGCUUGUACAACGUUGACAGAGGCAGCAUUGAAGUUGAAGACUGCAAAGAGCCUUGUCCCAAAGGACAGUUCUCUCUCACGGGACUGCAGCCAUGCAAGCCGUGUACGAAGAACUACUACACGGACGUGGAGGGGUCGGCAGAGUGCACCGAGUGUCCAGCCCAGCUGACCACGUCCGGCGAUGCGGGCGCCGAUAGCAUCCGCGGAUGCAUAGAAGUCGACUGCACGAACGUGUGCCAGAACGCGGGAAUCUGCGCAGCAUUCGACCAUGGCCCUCGCUGCGUGUGCAAGCGUGGCUUCAGUGGCUCCACCUGUACAACGAACAUUGACGAGUGUGAGGCGUCUCCAUGUUUGAACAACGGCGUCUGUGCGGACCUAGAGAUUGGAUAUCUGUGCAGAUGUCCGGAUGGAUUCAGUGGCAGGAACUGCGAGGUCGAGCCGAAUGAGUGUGCGAGUGCACCAUGUCCGUUUGCCAGCAUGUGUCAGGAUGGAGUCGACCAGUAUAACUGCCUGUGUAGAUCAGGCUUCAAGGGAACUUUCUGUAACGAGACGAUCGACCCGUGUGACAGCGUGCCGCCCGUGUGCAGAAACGCCGGUCAGUGUGUCACCCUACCACUCAGCCGCUACAUGUGUCAGUGCCCUCUGGGAUGGACCGGCAGCAACUGCGAGACUGAGAUCGACGACUGUGGGGAGCAUCCCUGCCUGCUCAAUGCUAGCUGCACGGAUCUGUUCAGAGACUUCCACUGUGACUGCCCGCACGGCUUCACCGGCAAGCGUUGCGAGGUGAAGCAGCGUCUGUGUGAACCGAACCCGUGCGCACACGGCGGAGUGUGCGUCGACAAUCUCUACAACACGUCCUGUAUCUGUGAGCCUGGAUUCACAGGUGAGACAUGCGAGGAGAACGUGGAUAACUGCGCUGGUGCUCCUUGCACCAACGAAGGAAUCUGUAGCAACACCAUGGAGGGGUACACAUGUACCUGUCCACCAGGAUUCACAGGAAGAAAUUGCCAGCACAACAUAGAUGAGUGUGAGAUUGCCCCUUGUCUGACCUUCAACAAUACAAAAUGUUUUGAUCUUGUGGAUAGAUUUGAGUGCAGGUGUCUGCCUGGUUUUACAGGUGCGGAUUGCCACAACAUAGAUAACUGUGGCAAUGCUGGUUGUGCCGAGGGAACGAUGUCUUGCAUUGACAUGAUCCAUGACUUUAAAUGUGAAUGCUAUGAUGGAUUCACUGGCAAAUUCUGUGAGGUGCAAAUUGACGACUGCUUCAUCGGCGCUUGCGCCAACGGCGGUAACUGCAUAGAUCUGGUGGGCGGGUUUGAGUGUGAGUGUCAGCCAGGAUGGGAGGGUCUGAGAUGUGAUACACCGAUCGACUUCUGUGUAUCGACACCGUGCCAGAACAACGCGUCCUGCAUACCAGUGUUCGGCGACUACUUCUGCGGGUGUCUUGGUGGCUCCGACGGCAAGAACUGCAAUACGACGUCAGACCGAUGCAUAGGGAACCCGUGUGUCAACGGUGGCAUGUGUGUGUCUACAGGCACCGACGUCUCGUGUAGCUGUCCCCGAGGUUCGUGGCGAGGAUGUCAGAUAGCAGCUAACACUUGUGAAUUGAAGUCGUGCUUCACCGUGCCACGUGUGAACAUCGCGCAGUGGAUACGUGUGCACGUGUGCUGCGGGCUACACUGGACAAACUGUAACGUUGAGAUGUCCAUCAGACACUAUGCCAGAGCCGUGAUUAAGGAAAUUAAUGUUGCCUAUGACCUGAAGUUCAGCGGGGAGUACAAAAACGCGAGUGCCUCGCUGCCCUACCCUGUGCCGCUAGGUUCUCCCGGGCUCACCGUCGCCAUGUGGGUGCGCUUCACUACAGAUGCCGAGCGAGGAACGUUCUUCACAAUGUUCCAGUCAAAGUCCGUCACGAAGGCUGCGGGUCUGAGGCAGAUGCUGCGGUUUGACAGUGAGGGCGUUCACGUGACCGUGUUCAAGGACACGACAAUGCUGCUCAAGUACGGAGACAAUCGACCCGUCAACGACGGUAAAUGGCACCAUCUUGCCUUUACAUGGAGUUCAGACACUGGUGCCUAUGCUCUCAUCUGGCAUGGGGUGCGCAUUCCGGAGGCCAGCGGCACCGGCUACGGACAGGGACUGACCUUACCUAUGAGUGUGUGGACGACGCUGGGUAGCCGUGUGGACGCGCACACGGGCAUGGCCGUACCAGGCCGCGGGUUCAGAGGUUACCUCAGCCGUGUCAACGUGUGGAACCGUGUUCUUAGCUUCACUGAGGAAAUGCCUGCUCAGGUGAGAAGCUGCAUGGCAGCACCGGUGAACUUCCGCGGCCUCGUGCUUCGCUGGGCCGGCUACAACGACAUGCGCGGACACGUCGAGGUCUCCACGCCGACCACGUGUGGCCAGCGCAUUUGCGAUCCCGAGUUCCAGGGAGACCGGUGCGAUGUGCCCGUAUCAGACAAGAUUCCGCCUACGGUUGUCUACUGCCCCGAGGACAUCGUCAUGCUAGCUGGUGACAAGAAACAGGUGAAGGUAACCUGGACGGAACCCAGGUUUGUGGACAACGUCGGGAUAGCUGCUAACGGCAUCGAGUCAUCACACGCUUCAGGCAUGCAGUUCAUGUGGGGCGAGCACACCGUGUCGUACAUCGCUCGCGAUACGUCCAACAACAUGGCCGUCUGCAUGUUCAAGAUCUAUGUACUGAAGGAUGUCUGCGCGACACUGCCAUCGGGACCAGAGGGCGGCACCCGCACGUGCCAGUCGUGGGGACCCGGCAACAAAUACAGAGAGUGCAGCAUAGCAUGCGAGGCACCGCUGAAGUUUUCGCGCGACGUUCCGACCUUCUACGUGUGCGGCGCAGAUGCAGUAUGGCGGCCAGAGCUGGAGGAUGAGGGACUACUGACAUUCCCUGCAUGUUCCUAUUCCAGUCCCGGGGUGAGGAUGUUCAGGUCUGUAGUGGAAUACCCAAAAGCUACCCUGUGCAACGAGGCUGGCAUGCAAGAACUGGAGAAGCAGGUGCAGAAACGCCUGCAGCAACUUAACAGCAGGUGGCAUCUAUGUCACAAGACUGCAUCUAAUGGGGAUUGUGGAGGGCUGGAUGUCACAGUGCAGUGCCAAGGUGCACAGCGCAGCAAGAGACAGGCUGACCCUAACCGCCAUUACACCAUUGAGAUGGCCUUCCCUGCAGCCAGCGACCCGGUGACCGACGCGGAGACGGGAGACAGCUCGACCGUGCGUGAGGUCGUGGAGAACGACGUGCUUGUCGAAAACGGGUUUGACUUCCAAGACACCCUGCCGGGCCUCGAACCCGACCUGGACACGUUCAAGAUCGACAUAGACUACAUGUGCGACGAUGGACAAGUUCUCAUCGGCACAGACUGCGUGAACUGCGCCAAGGGAACGUACUGGGAGGCGGCGACGCGCGCGUGCAUUGCCUGCCCCGUCGCAACGUACAGCGACGAGCAGGCGUCGAAUGCAUGCACGACCUGCCCCAUCGUCAACGGUCACCCGGGCACGACGCGCGGCGCAGGCGCGAUGCGGCGAGCCGACUGCAAGGAGGUGUGUCGUGCCGGCUACAGCUACGACACCACGGGGGGGCGCUGCCGACCGUGCGGCUUCGGCUUCUAUCAGCCACUAGAGGGCAGCUUCGCGUGCGAGCCGUGCCCCGUGUUCAUGACGACGCACAUGAAGAAUGCAACGUCUCGCAGCCAGUGCUUCGAGGAGUGUCCGUCGGGCACUGAGCUGACCUCUAGUGGGCAAUGCGCGCCGUGUCCGCGUGGCAGCUACAGAAAUGCCCUCUUGCACACUGUGUGUAUCGAAUGUCCAUUGUCACGCACCACUCAGGGCGUGGGAGCAGAGGGCGAGGAAGACUGCAUCGUUCCACGAUGCGUUGCCGGUUCAUACCUCGAUACCGAGGUUAACCGCUGCGUCCUAUGUCGCGUCGGCGAAUAUCAGCCAGCAGCCGAGCAGACCAGCUGUAUCAAGUGUACGCCCACAUCGGAGUUCACGACCCGCACAGAGGGAGCCACCAACCAAGAGCAGUGCAUAUCCACUAACGAAUGCAAGUCAGGCGAGGCACGCUGUCACGCACAAGCGAAGUGCAUCGACCUAGCUCCACCCAACACCUACAGCUGCAUCUGUAACCCAGGCUUCAAGGGAGAUGGUUUCACUUGCAAAGAUGAGAAUGAGUGCAGGAGCAAUGAGCACAAGUGUCAUCCAUUCUCUGAGUGCCACGACACCAUAGACAGCUACUACUGCACGUGCAAGCCCGGCUACGAGGGCAAUGGAACGCACUGUACCGACAUCUGCACGGACUACUGCGCUAACGACGGCGUCUGCACGACGACGCAGUACGCGACGGCCGGCGUGGCGCGCGUCUCCGCUCGCUGUGACUGCACGGGCAGCUUCUCAGGCCUGCGCUGCCAGGAGACCGUCGAACAGAAGAAGGUGCUCACCGCCUACAUCAUCGGGGGCAUCGUAGGCGGCGUCCUCCUCAUCAUCAUCAUCGCCUUCCUCAUCUGGAUGAUAUGCUAUAGGUCAUACAGGAAGGAGAGGAAGGAGAAGCAGAAGGCCAUGCAGCUGGAGACGAUGAAGUCGACGGGCAGCAUGCGCGAUGUCGGCGCUCCCGACAACUUCAGCUACGGUCACCCGGCGUACAUCGUCAGCGUGCCGCCCUCCACGCACGCGCGCAGCGUCGCCAGCUACUACGAAGACGAGGGUGACGACAAUCUGUACAACAUCGACACGCUGUACCAACACCAGGCCUACCCAGGGAGAUAUCCCCCUGCUGUCUAUCCCGCGAUAGAGGCACCGAGUUACCUAAGCUCCAGGGUGAGUGAUCGGAGAGGAACGGACAACCAUGCCUAUCAACCAGGAGGAAGCCGCUCUAGCCGCUCCUCUUCUUCGUCCUCUUCUUCCUCCUCGUCUUCCUCCAGCAGUGCCUCCUCUCGCUCCAGCAAAAGGCCACGUCAGUAGGCAGUCCGGAAGAGAACGCGACCGAGAGAGUCCGUCGCUGGAUCAUACGUUGGCAUUUCGUCCGGGGCGCUGAGAGAACCAGCGUGUCACACGUGCAGCGUUGUUUACACGAAGCUGGGUGGCCGUUCAUACGAGUUGUCAUGAUAUAUAGCCAAUAGGGGGGGGGGCAAAAGUUGUCGUGGUCAUAGCAGAGAAGUUUCCUAUAGCACGCUCUAUGCAUGAGAAAAUGAGGUGCACGAGAUUUUAUGUGGAACGUAACAUGUUAUAUAGUGGAUGUGGAUACAAUAAUUGUUGACCUUUAAUUAAUUUGUACAGCACUUAGUGUGACUGAAAGCUAUGACAGGGAGAAUACUCAUAAGUCUGUGACAGAUUUUAUCAUAUAAAUAAUAUACUAGGUAGCCCAUCUAGUAUGUUUCUAUGGAUUUAAACGUGUUUUUUGUGGAAUUUCAGUGUCAUGCUCUAUUACCCCAAAACCUAUGCGGAAAAUUCAUUAAAUGGUUGUAAUGGUGGCAACAGCGAAAAGAUGUAUCUCUAUUGUGCAAGUUUCUGGAGACGUUGUGCAAUUGAAUAUAGAGUCGUGUACCGUUUUAUUAUUUUGUAAAAAUGAUGCCAGAUACGUGUAACUAUGUUAUUGCUGCAAUUUAGCUGUAAAAACUGCGUUCUUGCUUUUAAAACAUAUUUGCUCACAGAAUAUUUUUACUAGUAGUUGUAAUAGUUAAUAUUACUAGUAGCCACGUUUAGCACUUAUUCUUGUGCUAUUUUUACUUGUGGUUUACUGAACAUCACACUGACAGCACUUACUUCCGAUCUUCUGUUAUAGCAGCAGUUGUUGCCUUCACUGACAGCAGGAUCAAGUCAGUCCACCACACUCACGCUACAGCACAUCUGUAUUAUGACCACGUUAUAUAACGCCGUUAGAUAUCUAGAUGUGCUGCCGCGUGAGCGUGGGGGGGGCUAACUUCUGACAUUCCACUGCCAGUGGUUGCCUUCAGCCUGUGUGUCAUGCCACAGGCUUGAGUAUGUAGUAUUGUUCUUCUUUCACCUACAUACUUAACACCAGCAAUAGUGGAACCUCCCGUACCCCUAGGGACCUUCUAGAAUAGUUCUUCGGCUAGGUCUAUGCCCGCCCACUCUUAUCUAGACUUACGAGACAACUGUCCAUAGAUAUGGUAUGGAUAUCUAGUGUAUAUUGUAGUGACCUAGAGAGUAGUGAUGGUUCUAAUAUUGGUAGUCCUUGUGCAUUAAUCUCUAGCUGGGUGUGUCCUCUAGUAGCUGACCUCUCAUCUCUUCAAAUGCCACAGCUACGACAUACAUUGACUCAUUCUCUACCUACAUCUGACCAGAAGUGGAUUAUAUAAAAUGCGUCUCUCAGUAUCCUACUCUUCAUCUAACGUUGGAUGUAGGUACGGAAUUGCCCAACGUAUACCGAGUGUGCGGUCGGUUGUCGAAGACCGUUGGGGCACGUACGUAUUUCUGAUUGUUUGUGACACAUUGCUUACCUGUCCCUUCGCUUUAGUAACAGUCGUAUCUGUUAAGGAAGUGAGGAGAUGAGGCCGGAGUCUAUCCGCGUGACAGCUGUAGUGUAGAGAGUUGAUGAAAUGUGUAUGUGCGUGCUCCUCGUCGCAUCGGAACACCGUGUCUGUUCGUUUGAUUUGCGAGUUACAAUAUAUAUAUAUAUAUAUAUAUAUAUAUAUAGCAGACGUUCCAAGAGCCACCGCUCUUCCGAUGCGUUUGAAACGAUCAAUUCUGAUGUAGGUAUAAUUCGACCGGCUAUUCCGCUCGAUAGCUGGAAGAGGCAGCAGAACGGUUUUGCAAGUUUCUAUACUGUUCAUGCGUCUUUAUAAUUGUAGUAGAGAACAGUGGAUGCAAAUAUAAGCAUGGCUAUGUGUGUUCUCGCAAGAGAGUCGCGUGUGGGACACAUGGCCGAGGUCACGCACGUAUAGAUGCUGCCAGCGCCCUAGGUGCUCGUCUUCAUUUCUCGGUCAACUAAUAUUACUGUCAUGAUAGCGAACGGUCGAACGUUUGUAUGUUGUCGAGCUGGAACGGGUCUUUGAAAUUGUUGAAGAAUGUUCAGAUUUGGCGCGAGUUGGACACGGGUUGCUGGACGAAAGCCAUUUUGUUAUUUAGAUACAGUUUUGCUGUUUAAUGGUGCUGUAAUACGAGAAGGAAAGGUUUGUCUGCACCUCUGGCAGAAGUGAGUGAAAACAACUUUGUUCACUCCUGUCUCUGUCUAUGAAGCCCUUUGCUGUGCUAUAGGUGUACGGAGAGAAGGGCUACAUAUGUGGAGCUAGGAAUUUGGUUGGUGUCAUAGGUUUACGUAAUAGUUAUAUGGCUCAUGGAGUUUCAGGAAUGUACAUAUUUACAUUCAGCGACAACUACCUUUUUUCUACCACUGACGUUGGAGGCAAUCAGAUUCAACAUAUAAUCUGCAAAAUGAUGCACAGUUGUACUUAAUACCAGACUAUUUUAGCGCAUUUAUAGAAUUAUAUUUACAUGUGUGUAAAAAUUUGUUAGCUAAUGCAGAUAACUGGUAUGACUGUCGAAAUGAAAGAAUAUAAUGCUUUUUAACUUAAA